AAGCUUUCUUGGGGCCCCAUGGUGACUUAUUUUGCAGUUACAAGCACAAAAAACACUGGGAUAAGGUGAAAUGUACCGAAUGUAUGCGUGGAUGCGACUGCACUGGCUGGCUUUUAAACACUGGCACCCACGGGGCAGCUGAGGCCACACGUGGGACGCGUCCCGGACGAAUCACGUAAGGUUAAGAAGCCAAAAAUGGAAGGGUCUCUCCACAAAUUUCCUGUUGAUGGGCCACGCAAAAUUAUUGUUGCUAGACAUGGAGAAAGAGUUGAUUUCACUUUUGGUGACUGGACACGCUUCUGCUUUGAUGAGACAAGAAAGUACCAGCAAUGUGAUCUUAACAUGCCUGAAACACUUCCUCAACGGAAAGGAGCGCCUCGUAGUUUUUAUAAAGAUGGCCCACUUACAAACAUUGGUGUAUUUCAAGCAACACUUGUAGGUCAAGCUCUGAAGGCCAAUAAUACAGAGGUGCACCAUGUUUUCUGCUCCCCAGCUUUACGCUGUGUUCAAACUUGUGCCAGUAUACUUAAGGGUAUGGGUAUUGAUGAAGUUAUGCCAAUCAACAUUGAACCUGGGCUCUUCGAGUUUCUUCCAUGGUACAAAGAUGAAAUACCUACAUGGAUGACUCUGGAUGAGCUAACCGAUGCAGGCUUCAAUAUUAGUCACAAUUAUGAUCAAAUAACCCAAGUAGACGAAUUGAACAAUACCAAUGAGAGUUGCAAGGAGUUUUAUUGCAGAAAUUUCAAUGUUGCAAAGAAGAUUAUCAAAAGAACACAAGGUGGCACAGUGUUACUCGUAGGUCAUGGUGCAACUCUGGACACAUGCACGAGAGAAUUAGUUGGAGGAGCACCGAGAGCAGAACGUGAGAUGCUUGCUAUGAUCAAGAAGAUUCCCUACUGCUCAGUUGCUUUUGCUGCUCAAGACACCAAGGGCCGCUGGUCAUUGCAGAAGCCGCCAUUCUUACCUGCAACCCACUCUGCUAAUAAUCAGUUUGACUGGAAUGUCCUCAGUUCAUAACUCAGAUGUAACCAGAAUUAAAAGCUAUUCUUGUUUUCAGUUGACUAGCAAAACUGAAAUUUAGCAUAGAUUUAAUGUUUGUGCAAAAGCAUUAAUAAAUAAUAAUAACAAAGAGAAUAAUAAUAAUAAUCCUUUUUCCUAUAAGUACAUUGUAACCUUUACAAAGAGACAAAUCUUUAUGAUACAACUGAUACAGCCCAAACUGACAUCAUUGGCAUACUACAUAUAAAACCCCUGGUUAUGCAGAGCAUUUUGGGCAACUUAGGUUAAUCAUGACCCCCAUGAUGUGACCCACAACAGUUUGUUAACACCCAGGCACCUACUUACUGCUAGUGAACAAAGACAGCAUUUGUAAGGAAAUGUACCCAACAUUUCACCCAUGCUGGGAAUCAAUCAUGGGCCCUCAGUGUGUGAGAUGAAGACACUACCAACCAAGCCAUGAUGUAUGUAGUCUUCAUAUAAUAAGUAUGGCAAAUAUUCAGUGUAUCAAGGACCUAAUUUUGAAACUUAUGAUUUGUUCUAAAGUUUGUCUAGAAAGUUAAACUGGACAACAUUAUGGUCUGUCAUGAACCAUUGCUGAUCUGGCACAGACCAAACUAUUAUAUCAGUUUUAAAGAAUUAAUUCACAAAAUCUUAAUGUAGGAUACCAUAUUACCUACCAUGAAUAUGUUACUCCCUCCAGUAAUCUGUCUACAGUUAAAGCUACUCAAAUUUAUAAUUAUGGUUACCAAUGGGAGGUUAAAUCACUAGAUGUAAACCAAACAAAAUGUGAACUUUGCCAGAUGGAGAGUUGUCACACCUUGUGUUGUCAUGUACUGGAAUGCUGUAAAAUUAGUUAGGUAAGAGAUAACUUGCUCAGAAAUGUUCAAGAAAUGUCAAAGUAUUUUAUCCAGCCAUUCUGGAAAAAUACCCUGACUUUGCCCACUGUAAAAUGAUGCAUUACCACUUAAUUUUUUGUGUGUACAGUGGAACCCCAGUUUUCAAACUUAAUCCGUUCCAGAAGGUCAUUCUAAAACUGAAACGUGCGAAAACUGAAUCAGUAUUUCCCAUAAGAAAUAAUGUAAAUACAAUUAAUCCUUUCCAGACUCCCAAAAAUAUUCACAAAAAAUUCAUUUUUUAAAGAAUAUGACACUAACGUCAACUCUAUGGAUUAUUUAUCUAUCACAAUUGAUCUAAUAUGACAUAAUAAAUAAUAUAAAUAAGAUAGAAACCUGAAAUGCACUCUAGAAUGAAUAAAAUAUGUCAUUAUGUAUGUGGCUAGUGGUGGCGGAGGCGGCGAGUUUGUUUGGAGGCAGGACAAAGUACUCUUUCAAUAUGACACUAAUAUCAACUCUAUGGCUUAUUUAUCUAUCAUAAUUGAUUUAAUAUGACAUAAGCAAUAUUAAUAUCAUAGAAACCUGAUAUACACUCUAGAAUGAAUAAAAUGUGCCAUUACGUAUAUGGAGUGGUGGUGGUGGUGUUGUUGGGUUUAUAAGGGCCACUGAUAGCAUAAGCCCUACAUUUAGUGUUGGUGGUGGCAGUGGUGUUGUCAGUGACCCUGUAUACCUCAAACAACAAUGGAGGAGUGAGUUUCAUGUUGUCAUUUUUCUAUUGCUUAAUUGCUUAACUUACUUGCUACACUGUUAAUGCUACACUUUAUCACUGGUUGGCACUAUAGCCUUUGUUGACUCCUGCUGCUUUAGUAUAGUACAUAUCAUAGAAUCACUGAAGAAGGCACAUUCUCCCCUCUCUCUCAGCCCUUUACCAAAGGGCUGGCUGGCACUAGGAGCUUUCUUUGGGCCCAUAGUUGCUUAUUUUGCAGUCACAAUUAAUAAACAAGCACCAAAAACAAGGGAUUAUUACGAAAUGUUUUGGAAUGCGCGAAGUAAUGCUCACUUGACCAGUGACAGAGGCAGACUGAGAUGCAUAGUGGUGGUGUCCCCCGGCAGGCGGAUGAGUAUAAUACAUCCGAUUACUGGAUCAAGGUCUGAUAUCCAGAACAAAAUUUCACACAAAAAAUGGCCCUGAAACCAAAACAUCCGAUAACUGGAGCAUUUGAAAACCAGAGUUCCACUGUAUUUGUGUGUGACUUAAUUCUUGUCUGCAUAAAUAACUUAUUACAAUUGUAACUAGAUAGAAACAUGUAAAUAGUUCAUUACCACUGUAAGUAGUUUAGUUGUCAAAACCCUAGACCCAUUAUGUACCUCUGUAAUCUUUUGACUACAACCCUCAGGAUAGGUGUGGGAUGCAUAAUAAAUAUAUUAAACUAAA